GCAGACAAAUCAAAUGCACGUGCACGAGAUGGCCUAUAACACUUUUGGGGACUCAAGGUAUACCCUGAAAAAUCUAUUGGAGAUUCCGGAGUUGCAACAUCCCCCGAUCCUAAACGGGCAUUUGGAUUCAAAGAAAACUGGAGUUUCAUCUGGAUAUGGGAUUCCCUCUGCCUUCCUUGGUCCUACCAAUCUUUGGCACAAUGCCAACCAGAUUGACGGACAAGGAAAUGGAGAGUUCAGUUUGCAGUAUAUGGACUUGGAUGAAUUUCUCUCUGAAAAUGGAAUUCCUUCAUCAGAAUUGAAUACUGUCAAUAAUCAAUGUGCUCAAAGUCCACAGGAACCAAAACUAGCUGGUCCCCCCUCUGAGAAUUACAUCCAAUUACAAACUCCACCCACCCCUCAAGCCUUAUCCCCGGGACUACCCCCUAAGAGAACUUCUCCCAACAGUCCAAGGCAGGUUUACGAAGAUGUUCAUGAAACCAGUGCCCCAACAUUUUACAGCAGUGAGGGUCUGAGGAGUCCAUCCUCCCCAUACAAAUGUACAGAGAGCUCUAAUGGCUCCUCAGUGUCAUCUCAAAGUACAAACCAGAGCAGCAGUAAUGAUCCCUCAGCUCAACCUAUUAUUGCAGACUCAAGACACAGUGCUAGAAGGGGAGAUAUAAGUCAGGCAAGCCCCCAUCACCCCAACGGCCAAGUAACCCCCAUAAGUAGCCCGGACCAUCCCAGUUCUUGUCACAAUGGAGAGUACGAGUUAAAUCCCAGUGACUUGGCAUUGGCAUCAGUUCCAGGACAAGAAAACUUUGAUCCUAGAAAAUGUAAAUUUUCUGAUGAAGAGCUAAAGCCCCAGCCAAUUAUCAGAAAAUCUCGGAAGGUUUUUGUGCCUGAUGCUUGUAAAGAUGAAAGAUAUUGGAUGAGGAGAACUAAAAACAACAUCGCAGCAAAGAGAUCUCGAGAAGCCCGUCGCAUUAAAGAAAAUCAAAUCGCAUUAAGAGCUGCAUUCCUAGAGAAAGAAAACAAUGCUCUGAAAGAUGAAGUCAACAAAAUUAAGGAGGAAAAUGUCAAUUUGCAGAAAAAGCUGUCUCAGUAUGAGCAAGUAGGCAAAUGAUGAGCCAUCAGAAUCAUUCUUUUUUUUCUUUCAAAGGUAUAAAGAAUUUCAAGAUUAUCUAUGAAACUGCUACGGUAUCUAAAAAGCAGACUACAUAUGAUGGAAGUCACAUGGUUCCUAUGAAAAUGACAUUGCUUUUUAUGGAUUUAAUUCCAACAAAAAAGUGUAUUUUUGUCACAUAUUCGUCACAUUUUUAUUGAUAUUAAUAUAAGGUGUAUAACAUUUCUCAUAAAAACUUGAAUCACAUAAAACUAUUUGUAGGAGUAUGCAUUGAAUGCUGGUAUUCUUUUGUUUAAUGUGCGCAAUACAUAUGUAUCAUAUCAACAUCAUCUAUAUUGAUUUACUUAAGUUAUCACUUUUUGAGGUAUUAUUUGAUGGAGCAUUUAGAUAAUGUGUAUGAUUAUUUUACCUGGUACUAAUCUGGAUUACUGCAGAACAAGAGAUCAAGAUUUCAAUCCAUGAUAUGUUUGAAUCGGAUAUUACGUUAAGUACCAAGGGUUUUAUAUUAUAUCUUGCUAAAUUUUGUGAAAUGUUUUGCCGAGAGAUAUGAGCUUUUACGCUUUUUCUAACUUAUCCUGAUCAUCGAAUUAUUCAAUGUCAGCUGCAGGUGUUAAUACUCCAGGCGGUGAACUUUUGCUCUCUUUGCUUCUGGCAGCUUCUGUCGUAGGAGGUCUAAUAUAUGUGAUAAUGUAGAAUUUCAAACACCGCCAACCCCCCCCAACCCCUCCCAACCCUGUAUAGCUCAGUGAGUGAGUAUGAUUUGUCAUUUUAUAGAUUUUACUGUCUCUUGAAAAAAAAAAAACUUUUUACAAUAACAAAAAAAAAAUACUAUGUCUAUGGAAUCCAUAAGAAAAAGUAAAUUCUAUUGUUUUAACAAUAUUAAUUUUCAUUAUGAUAAUGAACUUGCUAAUAAUAUUAGACCUUCUGGGGCUCAAGUUAUCAUAAUGUACAUUAUUCCUCCAAUGUGUAUAUACAUAGAAAUAUACAUGUAUAUGUCUCGAUCUUUAUAUUUUCUUUCAAGGGAGUGGCAUAUUGUUUUCGUCAUCUUUUAUUACAUAUACUUCUGGGUUUUCUUCACAAAGUUUGUGAGCACAUUUUUUAAAUAUCUUGUAUUUGUGCCAGAGCAAGAAAAACUUGUCAAAGAUUUUUAUUUUAUUUUAGGAAAAAAAUUACGGUUGGGGGAAUAAGUUACAAAAUUUGAUUGCUUCUGUAUUUGUAAUAUGUUCGUGUAUAUUCACACCUGUUGGUCAGCUAGUCGUAUACAUUCCUGGCAAAAGAAAUAAUAGAUUCAUUUUAACAAAACCUUGGACUUUCAGCUAUCUAUUCCUUGCGUCAAAUCAAGUAAUAAAUGACGCGGUUUCAAGCGAAAUAUGCAUAGAUUGCAUAGUCAUACCUCAAAAGCCAGACGAAUCUUGUUGAUUUCAAAGAGCCAUGGCUGAGUGGCCAGCAAUGAAAUAGACAGGCCUACGUCACAUGGCUGUUUGACACAACUACUUAAAGUCCAAGCUAUUGUUAAAAUGGUUCUAAUAUGAUAAAUAAUAUAUUUGUUUUUACAUGUAUAGACACACAAAUAGAAAUACAUCUUCCUUUGAGCACUGCCAUGUUUUUCUGAUCGGGGUUGCCUCCUUCAGUCACAAAAUUAAGUUAUCACUAUAUUGUUAUAAAAUUUUCAUUUGAUUUAAAGCAUACAAAUGCAAAAGACAAUAAAAUUCAAGCAAAGAAAUUGAACAGUUUGAAAAAUUUGUUUCAGUCAUUAAGUGCUGAUAACAUCAUUCCUAUAUAAGUUUUUGUUAUUUAUAACCAUUGGCUAAUGAAGAUUUUAUGCAAAUAUUUUAUGAAGGUUCAAUUUUCCAUAUGAAUAUAGAUAUCUAUAGAUUUCAGCAUUGGUUGAAGGAUUAUAAAUUAAGUAUUUUUGUGGGUUUUUUUUUAAUUUCAUUUAAAACAUCUCUGAAUACAUGUUUUUUUUCUAAACAUUUAAACAAUAAACAGGUGUGAAUCAAAGUGCAAUUAAUUAUAACACAUUUAUUAUUUUCAUUAAAAAAUCAUUUUUUUCUUCAUUUUUUAAACUGGGGCCAAGAUAAAACUUGGAUAUAUAAUCCUUUUAUCGAUAUUUGAAAUAUCAAGGGUUAAAUACAAAAGAAAAAUCAACUCAUGUGGUUGUGAUGUCCCAUUUACUUUCGACAAAUUCAUGUCAUGAUAUUCCAGAUAUUAAUGUUCAACAUUCUAAAGGUCAAGCACAUUUCUUGUGGUGGGAACAUUAUUUUCACUAUUAAUGCAUAUUGAAAACAUUGGUUUGAAAAAGACAUAUGAGUUAUGUAACCACAUUAAUGAUUUGGACAGGAAAAAUCAUCUGUAACUUGUGUGUGUAUGCAAGAAAUUACAUGAUAUUAAUAGCUUGAAGUUUAUACCUGUACAAUCUUCGCUAGGCAAGGGUUUCUGAUUGACACGAGCGGUUGUUGAGGAGCAUUGCAGAUAAGAAACCCUUGGCUAUCGAAGAUAUGUAAUAAUACCUGUACAUUGUAUGCUCCUUUUGGUGUACAGUUGCAAUUGCUAGUGUUCAUUCCAAACAUAUUUGUAAAUAUAUGACAGUAUAUUUGUUGUUUACAUGUGUUAUGUAUGUUGUGUAGAAAUAUGUGAAGUAAAAAAAAAAAAAAACAGUUCCACAUGACUCAAAAUUUUGACAUGAUCUUGAUAGAUUGAAUAUUAGUCAGCAAAUCAAUUUCAUGAAUUGAGAAGUUUGUUGUUUUUUUAUCAACUUUUAUGGCAAAAUUACUACUAAGGGUUGAAUUGAGAUAUUUUAUGAAACUUACAUACCAAUUUUAUGAAAAUUUUAUUAAUUUUUGAUAGAUGUACACAUUGAAAAAUUAUACCGGUAUAUAUAAGGUGGGCCAUAUUAUAUCAUAAGUGUUUUGAUGUCAAAUUGUGAUCUAUGAAAAGCCUUAAAGAUGCUCAUUUUGUUUUCAGAGCUUUUGUUUUUGUUGAAAUUCAAAUGUUAUAAAUAUAUAUUAUAUAUAAUUAUACAUGAAGUAUUGUUAUAGGUGUAAAACUGUAAUAAAUAUUGUUCACAAGUUGA